AUGAAGUUUCCAGUCGUCCUAGUACUGGCAGCACUUGCCAAUGUCAUCCAAGCAUUCCCAGUCGUAGAAAGUCGAUCUCCCUCCCUCGAGGCUCGCGGCGGCAUCAAAUGCAACCCUCCCGGCGAGCAUAGGUGUGCGGCCAUCGUCUGGGUUACUAUUCAGUCCAACGGACUGGAUCUUGGAACCGGUACUUCCCGCGGCGUUCAGGUCGUCGGUGGCAAUUGCGAUAACAUCAUUGCAAGUGGGAAGUUGAUCAGAGGGGACGGAGGCUCGAAAGGUAGAGGCUGGAGCGCUGAUUUCACCACGACUUACGGCCCGCACCUAUAUAUCGGUAUAACGAAUCUUGGUAUCAGGACCAUUUCUGGAGUCAGGUUCCAGUACAAUGGGAAGAGCUAUGAGCAGAAACACUGCAAAGGAUUUCAGGACCAUGAUAGCUGGCGCAUUAUGGAUGUUCCUGGACUGGUUGGCUCACGCGCUAUAGACGCUAUGCAGUGCAACUUUGACUGUUAG